UUAAAGGAAGUAUGUCUGGAAGGCUGUGGUCCAAGGGCUUUUUUGCUGGCUAUAAGUGGGGUCUCCGGAAAAAAAGGGAGCACAUAGCUUUUCUUAAAAUUGAAGGUGUUUAUGCCCCAGAUGAAACAGAAUUCUAUUUGGGCAAGAGAUCUGCUUAUGUAUACAAAGCAAAGAACAACACAGUGACUCCUGGUGGCAAACCAAACAAAACCAGAGUCAUCUGGGGAAAGGUAACUCAGGCCCAUGGAAACGGUGGUGUGGUUCAUGCCAAAUUCCAAAGCAAUCUUCCUGCUAAUGCUAUUGGACACAGAAUCUGA